CUUUAUGAAAUUGCGCCAAGAUUAAACCAAAUACUUAUGUGGAAAAAAAAGCCAGUUCAAAAAAUAUCAUCCGCCCCUCAAGCUCCAGAGAAAGGAAAACAAAAUGCCGGGGCACCAGAGCUUCCCUAUCCGCUCCAAGAAAGCCGUUGUUAAGAAGCCGUGGAGGAAGAAAGCGCAGGAAGGAGAGCAACGCCAUCUACGUGUACAAAGUGCUGAAGCAGGUCCACCCGACACCGGCUUCUCUUCCAAUCCGAUGCGCAUCCUGAACUGCGCAUGUAGGAGCGCAUAGUCUCGCUUGGAGGUAAAGAGGUAAAUUAUUCAACUAGGGUGAUGUAUUACAGAUGGCAGUGAAUGUUUUGCGCUCUGCAGUUGUUAGUAGAGGAAUGUAUUGCUCAGAAGCGGGAGGUUUUGCAGCUGGUUGUCGUGGCCGAGUGGUUAAGGCGAUGGACUAGAAAUCCAUUGGGGUCUCCCCGCGCAGGUUCGAAUCCUGCCGACAACGUGAAUUAUUUUGAUUUACCUUUUUAUUCCUUGCUAUUGUAUAAUCUCACUUAAACCAUGGAUAUUCUCUACGAGUAUUAUUUUUUUAAAUGUGGACACAAUUCAUGUUACUGAACCGACUCGAGUUAAAACACACAGUAAAAGUCCAAACCACUAUUUUGAUUAUUUGUUUGUCUUUCAUGCUUCACUUUGAAAACCCGUUUAAAUCAAAACGUGAUUAAAAUGUAAACAACAUACAUUCCUCGAAUAUAUCAUUUAUUCAUAAAUUAAUACGUCGUUUUUUAGGGGGUCCCUGUCCAGCAUUUUGGGCGAUAGGUUCUGUCCGACAAAACUGUGCGAAAUGUUCAUAUUUAUUAAAUUAUUAUUAUUAUUAUUAUUAUUAUUAUUAUUAUUAUUAUUAUUAUUAUUAUUAUGGUACAAAAUAUCCUCUGUAGUUUGUGAUAUAGCUGAGUACAUGUUUUUCGUUUAUGAUUUCCAUGCAUUGAAUCAGUCAAGCUGCGCCCCCGUGUGUCUCUAAUGAGUAUAACACGCUCUGCUGAGGGCUCCACUGAUUCAGACAGUCUGCCCGCGCUGUGAGACAGACCUGCCUUCGAUAGCUCAGUUGGUAGAGCGGAGGACUGUAGUGGUGAAGCAUGGGCAUCCUUAGGUCGCUGGUUCAAAUCCGGCUCGAAGGACAGAAGUUUUUUUUUUUUUUUUUUAUCAGCUUGUUGUUUUAACACAGUAUCUUUUCUGGAAAUACGUGAUGCCCUUUUCCGAGACAAUAUUAGCAUCGGGUUUCACAGAACACGAUGAUCGCUGAUCUACAGCGUAUCUAAAGAAGGCAGGCGGGCCACCAUUAGUACAAAUCAGGGUUUGUGAAACGGGAGUGGGAUAAGACGGAACACAACUAAACUGACCGGACUGGGCAUCAAAAACAACGCGAAACGCCUUAAAAAAAACUACACCACAUGAUUCCUUCGUUUCUGUUAUUAAACUGAUUAUCAUUAUAUGUAUUUUCAUAUUUUUUUUGUAUACAUUUAAUGCUUCUUGAGUCCCGGACCAACAUUCAGAACCGUGAGAGAAACGGGUGUCAUUACUUACUACGUUUCUUGUAUUGUUUUUAGAAUGAACACCACUGAGUGUAUAAUAGUUAUGGAAGAAAAAAAGUAAAAUAAACAUUUCAUAUUGACUUUAAAAUCCAUUUCACUAAAAUGAAAAACAGAAACAAACACACGCCAUUGUGGCUCAAGGGAGAGUGAAAUUGAUCUAAAUUGUCCAGCAAUUUGAGCCAAGAUGGCUGACACAGGGAGACAGUUUCUUAUCUUUCUCGGGGUUCGUUUGGCUGUCAAGGCAACAGUCCCUCCAGUGAACUGCCUUCUCUUGUGCUGAAAAGGGCUCGUUCUCUUAUACUAUGUUUAGAUCAGGGUAUUUUUUUAAUACUGAUACAAUUUUCCAAGAUAUUUUUAAAAAGGUCGUAUGUUAUAAACAACAAUAAACUACUAUGUAUAACAAUGAUAGUUAUUGAUAAAAACAAUACAAUAUUUCGUUAAAAUUUAGUUCCAAUACGCAAUAAUAUAAUGUGUGCUAUCCAAUUAUGGUGUGUAAAUUAGAAAGUCCUAAUUUCAUAAUUAAAAUGCCGGUACAGAAAGAUGAGUUUUCAAUUGAUACCUCUAAAGGUGUUGGGAGGGAAGGCGCAUGCGCGUAACACACACAGGCGGAUACAAUCCUACAUGAUCUAGAGGAAGAAGGAAGUAGACUGUGUGUGUGUUUGAGAAGAGAAGAAACAUUGUAACGAUAAAACGGUGGAAAUUGUCCGCGUACCGUGUUUACUGCUGAAACACAUAAGUACAGUACAGCUAAAAACGGUGUGUUUAAAACAAAACUGCUGAUAUUUCUGUAAAGAUUACUGUGUGAGAGUUUUCCUGUUAACACAGUCUGCACCAGAGCAGAGGAGAAGCCGCUGUGUUUGUAUUAAUAGAAGAGAAUGAAAUCCAUCUGUGAAAUGAGAGAGAUGGAUCUCUGUGCAUCCUCCGCGUCUCUCCUGGAAGAAGAACUCGCCUCUGCUAUCGAGCCUGCAGUGAAAGCGGCUGUGCUGAGCGUCAUGUCUGCGUUAGCAAAGUUCGUGGACAGUAAAUGUGCAGUUUUCCACCUGAGACUGGACGAAAGAGACAAAGAUUUCGAAAGCGUGAGAUUGCGAUUGGAAAUCGCGGAGAGCGAGUUGAAAACAGUAAGAGAACGAGAAUGCACGAACACUGCCGAUAACAACUUCACACACUCUCUCACAAACACCGAUGAACAAUACUGCGGGAUUGACGUUGAUUUCCUUCAUCUACCCGAGUUGGAGCAGCAAGUGCACCGUUUGGACCACUCGAGGACAGCGGAAUGGAGACGCGCAGUGGAGGGUCCUGCAGAGAGAAAUGCUCUCCCUCAUGCUGAGGAAGGGUCGAAGGCAGAAUCAGUUCCCAUUCAGGAGGAGCUCUUUGACCAGGAAUGGUGCAGGAGUCCAGAGCAGGCUCCAGAGCUGACAUCUAUUGAAGGGGAGGAGGAGAAACCUGGACUGGAUCCUGUUCACGUUAAUGAAGAGAUCCCUGGAAUUGAACCGGUCAUCAUUAAAGAGGAGGUUCUUGAACUUGAGUCUGACCCCAUUGAAGAGGGGGGUUCUGACCACUUUGAAAGACGGCAGCAGAUUCAUGCUGGACAGAAACCGCAUCACUGCUCUGAAUGUGGAAGGAGUUUCAGUACGUUUGGAGAGCUGACAAGCCACCAGUGCAUUCACACAGGAAAAAAUCUGUACUUUUGUUCAGAAUGUGGGAAGAGUUACACUAUGUUAAGUAACCUGUCAUUACACCUGCGUACUCACACAGGAGAGAAGCCGUUUCUGUGCACGGAAUGUGGAGUGACUUUUUCUAAGUUAAGUAACCUGACGAAACACUUGCGAAUUCAUACCGGAGACAAACUGUAUCAAUGCAGUGACUGUGUCAAGAGUUUCAUUACAAAAGAGGAGCUGAAAAGACACCAGCGCAUCCACACAGGAGAAAGACCGUACCGCUGCACUGAAUGUGAGAAGAGCUUCAAACAUAUACACCACCUCACAACACACCAGCGCAUUCACACAGGAGAGAAGCCCUAUUCCUGUACUCAGUGUGGCAAGAGCUUCACGCAGCUACAGCACCUUAAAACACACCUGCGAAUUCAUACUGGAGAGAACCCGUACCACUGUGGUCAAUGCGGCAAGAGUUUCAAACAGUUUCAGCACCUUAAAUUACACCAGCGCACUCACUCAGGAAAGAAAUAGGAUUGCAAAAAUAAACCCCUCUGAGCUCGGUUUAAAAACUCACAAGGCUGUUUUAAGUGACAGCUUCAUAUCGGAUGGUGCAUUAAGUACAGUAAGUGAGUCACACAUGACAUAGCCCACACUCAGUCCCGCUGCCCCUGAGCAGCAGAGUCCACCAGCGAUGCGAGUGAGCAGAACCAUUGUCACUCUGAGCUGCUCAGUGGCAGCUGUGUGGUCCAGUGGUUAAAGAAAAGGGCUUGUAACCAGGAGGUCCCCGGUUCAAAUCCCACCUCAGCCACUGACUCAUUGUGUGACCCUGAGCAAGUCACUUAACCUCCUUGUGCUCCGUCUUUCGGGUGAGACGUAGUUGUAAGUGACUCUGCAGCUGAUGCAUAGUUCACACACCCUAGUCUCUGUGAGUCACCUUGGAUAAAGGCGUCUGCUAAAUAAACAAAUAAUAAUAAUAAGUGACGGACCACACCCGCUGUGUACAGGCCAUAAGGGAAAUGGGCUGCUAGAGCGAGUGUUUCUUUGUUCAUCUUUUAUUUAUUAAUGGCGAGUAAUCGCUGGAAUAUACAGAUAUGGCCAAAUAUAUAUAUGUAUAUAUUCUUUUAAAUGAUGUCUCAACCCUGACAUUCUAUGGGAUGUAAAACCUCUGGCCAGUGAUGUACUGUGUAAGGAUUCACUGUUUAUGACAGGAUGUGUUGGUCUGUUUCGCUUUUUAAAAUAUGAUGUGCAGCAGUUAACUUUGUUUAGCAUUUUGGUUUGAGAGUUACCUGUGCUUUUGCUACAAGUCUGUCAGAUCUCAUGGGGUCAAUUGCAACAAACCUGUAGAUUCAGUAUGGAGCUGUCUAUUAAGUUGUGUUCUAGCUAAUGUGGUACUAUCUCAGCAUCGUCCCCAGCUGUGUACUAACUUAGUACCAAGUGCAGUGAAAAAAGAUAGGGAACAAAGCUGGGGACUAGCUGAUCUGCAGCUUUAGUACAGAGCUCAGGGUUCAGCAAAAAAAAACUUAAUUAUGUAUGGAAAUGUAUUUAAGCUUGAAAGUAAAUACUGAGGCUGAAUUGCAUUAGAAUAUUUUCCUAAACCAAAUUCACAUAGUCUAAUUUUCUUAAAACGCUUCCAAAAUGGAUGAGGCUGUGGCAGAGGCUCAACACAGCUUUUAUUAUUACUCAUUAUUUAAUUCAUGCACAACACAGAUGCAUGUGUUUAUAGGACCAAAAGUGUAUUGCAGACUCUAAAAGGUGCAAAUUGAAUCAGAAAUGCUAAUGACAUGUUUCAGGUUCAGCCUAUAAAAGCUUCAUCCAUACAAAGACAAUCAUGGCCAGUAGUCAUGUGCAAAAUCCGUACAAUGGAGCAGAAACUACAUUUCAUAGAGUGUAUAAAAGACUUUAUUGAAACUGUGGAGGAUGCAUGAGAGGAUUCCACAGCAAUUCACAACUGCAUGGAACACACUGCAAGCAGAUUUAAUGCUGCCUCCUCUAAGAGGCAGCCAGGUACAGCAGCAAAUUGAAAGAAUCUGUGGAAGAGGCUGAAAGACACUGGAAAGUCGUACUGGAAUUAUUUCUUCUAAUUAUUUUUUUAUAUAUAAAAUAGGCCUACGUAGAUUAAGUUCAGUAAGUUGAAUAAGGAUGAAACUGGUUUUGUUGGCAAUACAUUUUGGGUUUUUUCAUAUUUAUUCCAGUUAGGACGAUCCCACAAGUCUUCAGUCUACAGAAAUUGCUGGACUAACUUAGUAAUGUCUUUUAGUAUCCUCUAGAGCAGUGGUUCUCAGCCCUGGUGCUGGGGACCCACGCUGUCUGCUGCUUUUCAUGCCAGCUGAGCUCUCAGUUACUGAACUAAACCCUUCAUUGAACAAAGUAGUUGAGAGGUCAGCUGGAAUGAAACCCAGCAGACACCAGGGGUCCCCAACACCAGGGUUGAGAACCACUGCUCCUUCGUUGCAAUUGGUAUUAACUUGUGUUCUAAUUUAGCACCGCCCUUCGUACUAACCAUGGGAUCAUCCCGUUACUACGUUCCUGUUAGCUCAUUGAUACUGGACCCGAGGAGUCAGACAUGGCUAUUAUACUGCACUUAAUUGUGAAAGAAUGGAAUAGUAUUUAAUUCAAAUAAACACAAGUGAUUAAUUAGUUAAAAGUGUCUCAGUUUAUUGUUUUUGCUCAGGGAAACAACAUGCAGUCUACAUGUGCUAAAGGAAAAGGAGUCUGACACAAACACUGAGACAACAGACAAGAGCAAGGAGAGGAGCAUGCAAGUCCACAUCAUGUCAGUGAUAUACAGCACAAUCAUGUGUAUUACAAAUAACACAAUAUAAAGCUCUUUACUUGUCUUUGAGGAGUGGGACAGGAACAGGGGCCUGAAACCUAGCCUCCUGAAACCAAGUUCCAAGCCACAAAGUGAUUUUGUGGAUCUAAUGGAGGGUAAAUACACUCAUCCGAAUCUGCAAAGGGAGUUCAUUCUUGAAUGGGUAUUGGGCAUAUUAAAAAUGGCGAUCUGCCACUUGCAUGGCCAGGGAGCUGCAGAAAUGCAUUUCAAUCAUUUCAUUUGAAUUAUGAAUUACUUUUGUAUUGUGUGCUGUUCAUCAAGUAAGUGACCAUUGAGUCAUUUUCCCCUGACAUCCACCAUUUAGUAACCAGCCUCAAAACAAUUUUGUACCGUUUACUUGUAUAUCAAAAAUACAUUUUUAAAUAGCUGCAUCUAGAAGAAACUUCAUAAAAAUGAUUACCACAGAUUUUUUUUUUCUUACCCUGUGCACUAGUGCUCAAUACUAAUAGACUAUGCAGUCAGUUCUCUGAAAGUGUUGCAUUUGUUUUUUCAGACAUCAGAUAUUAUUAUUAUUAUUAUUAUACAAUAUACAGUUAGCAAUUAAACUCUGUGGCCCAAAACUACCCAAAAAUAAAUAAACACGAGCACAGCUUUCACAUUGCUGGCUUAAUAAAACCUCCCCACAAUUUAUUUAAUUACAAACCACACUCCCGCUGUCCUUAUUGUAAUACAGACUACUCAAAACAUCGGUGAAAUUCCUAACGAUCUCCAUCGCAGACUGAAGCCAUGUAUAUCUCUCUCUAUUCCUGGUAUGUGUCCCCUUAUGACAUCACGCUAACUUCGUCCAUCAUCAGUGAGUUGUCGGUAUUUUCUGGAAUUAUUGAUAGUUUUCCGUCUCUCAGUGCCAUAAAAUUGAUCAUGGAGAUUUAAUUUCUUCCUUAUUGUGAAAGUAAACUAAAUAUAA